ACGUUGGAAACAAUGUAGCCACAGCCCCGUGUGAGCCCUUCCCCGUGAGAGGAAGUAAAGUUAUAAUUCCGUUUGCCUAGGGAUAACUGAGUCAAGAUACAGGCUAAAAGGUUUGUCAUAGCAAGGUUUUGUUAAAGUGGAAGAAGCGGGAUUCAAUGUUCUCAUCUGUUUUUGUUGUUGCAGCCCUGAAUUUGAGAGAGAAUUAGGGAAAGCCCUUUAACGACAUAAAAAGUUAUCUUUGGGGAAAAAAAAUCCACUAACUUUUCCAUGUGUUUCACAGAGUUGGUUAAUAUUAUAUUGUCAAUGAUUUGAGACUUAAAUGACUCAGGACACUUUUUCUUCGUCCGUUGGUACUUCUGUGACUUUUCCCUAGAGUCUUCAAACCCCUAGCCAUUUGCUCCCAAACUGUGUUGGAGAAGCUAAAGGAGCAUCUAUCUUGUCUACUAGGGGAUUCACCCCACCCGCCUUACUGAAACAUCUCUACUGAUAUAAUGGAAUAGCAGUCCUCAUUUUAUGGAAAACUUCGAUUUCAAGUGUCUUUUGGUAUUUUAUUGUCCAGUCUACACCUUCCAGAAUGCUUCUUGCUGUAAAAAUAAUACUUGGGUCAGAUUACAGUGGUUUCCAUAGAUAUUAGGCACCUGCCCAGGCUGUUGGAAUUUCUUUCAGUUUUCAUUAGAGUCCCAUGCUGUCUUUAAGAUACAUAUUUUUUUCACAGCCCAUUUCUAAUAUCAUAGGAGGUUCAGUAGACACUUGCGAACUUAUAAGAAACAAAUAAAGCCCUUGCUGAGAAAAUCUAGAUGGCUUGCUUUGGACAUAAAUGGACACAUGCAUGGCUUAUGCUUACACAUGUUGAGUACUUUAUCUCUUUUUUUCAGUGUGCAUUAAAAUAAAUUGAACCUCUUUGGGUUUAUUUUGCAUUUUGAUUCAGUUCUUAUGUAAAUCUACAGGAGAUCUGACAGAUGCCAAAACAAAGCACCUGUUGGGCUCUAGGCAGCAGGAAGUAGAAUGGCAAACUUACCACGGCAUUCUGAAGAAGACAAGGGUCAUGGAAAAAACCAAGUGGCUCGAUAUCAAAGGAAACCAUGAUUCAUUCAACAUUCCAAGUCUGGAGAGCUCCGAGAAUUAUUACAGGAAAUAUUCUGCCGUACGUAGGGAUGGCUCUUUCCAUUAUGUCCACAGUACUCCCUUUGGCAACUAUUCUUUCAUCUCUUUGGAUGCCACCCCAAAUCCAGGGCCUAAAAGACCCUUUAAUUUCUUUGGAAUUUUAGAUGAGAAAAGGAUGGAGGAGCUUUUAUUGCUGUCAAAAGAAAGCAGUCGGAGCAACCACAGUAUUUGGUUUGGACACUAUGUAACAUUUACUAUUCUUUCUCCAUCACCAGGAGUUCGGUCCAUAAUGAGUUCAGCUACAGCUUAUUUUUGUGGGCACCUCCAUACACUCGGUGGACUGAUGCCUGUUUUGCACACUCGUCACUCCCAGGGCACUUUGGAACUUGAGUUGGGAGACUGGAAGAAAAACAGACGGUACCGCAUCUUUGCUUUUGAUCAUGACCUCUUUAGCUUUUCGGAUUUGAUCUUUGGCGAGUGGCCUGUGGUUCUUAUCACCAAUCCUAAGUCACUCCUCUAUAGUUGUCCUAAACAUGAACCACUAGAAAGAAUCCUUCACUCAACACACAUCAGAGUCUUGGCCUUUUCCUUAACCUCCAUUACUUCUGUCACUGUUAAGAUUGAUGGAGUUCAUAUAGGGCAAGCUAGUCAUUCAUCUGGCCCUAUUUUCACACUGAAGUGGGACCCAAGAAACUAUAGUGAUAGGACACAUAACAUAGAAGUAAUCGUCCAGGAUUCUGCUGGAAGAAGUAAGAGUGUUCGCCACAUAUUUUCUCUUCAAGAGGAUAAUCAGCUCCGAUUUGACCCUCUGGCAUCAUUUAUUCUUCUUACUGACCACUGCAUGGUGGCCCGGGUCCUUUUUGUGAUGAUUGUGCUGAUCCAGCUCUCCAUUCUCAUUAUUUUUAGGCAUCGAGGAUAUCUAGAGAUUAAAAGACCUCCAGGAUUUAUAAAUUUGACCUCAUUUUCCCUUCAUGUCUUGAGCAAAAUAAACAUCUCCUACUAUUCUCUGUUGUUGCUGACUCUAUAUACAGUGCUGGGACCAUGGUUCAUUGGUGAAAUUACUAAAGGCAAAAUGGGUUGCUGCUUUUCCUUUGGGAUAUUUGUUGAUGGGCAUUUCCUACAAGGCAGUAUAACGUUUGUGGUUGGACUUCUCCAGUUGGCAUUUUUUAACAUCCCCUUGAUGGCUUACCUGUGUUGGAGCUUGCUGCAGCGGUGCUUUGGUCACAACUUCAGGUCUCAUCUCCGUCAAGGAAAAUACUUGAAAAUUAUACCUGUUCACCUUGUUAUGUUACUGCUGUAUGCCUCGCAGAUUUAUUCCUGCUACUUUCUUCAUAUGACAUACGGCACAGUAGCUUUUUUCUUCUCCCCUUUGCGGACCUGGUUGACACUGCUGACACCUCUUCUCAUUUAUCGUGUGUGGACAUUGAACUCCAAGGAGCUUGGAACCUUUACAGUGCAGUUAAAAAGUCGCCUGAGCUCCUGAAGGCCAUGUCUCACCUUUCACCUCUGUUGCCCAGGCCUCUGCCCCAGCAACAGGUGGAAGGCCAAUAUUGGUGGACAAGCUUCAGGGAGCUGCUGCUCCUUGGUUGCCCAGGAGUUGGAGUGAUUACCUACUACUGAUUCCUGCAGAAUGGACUGCAGAAAAAUCUAAAUAAUGCCAUGAUUCCUUCCUUCCCCAAGAAGGCAAAGAGUUGAUUUGUGAAGAGUAAAAUGGACAGGAGCUGGGUGUGUAUGGGCUGAGGCCCAGUGUGUUUUUAGGGCUACCUCAUGUAAAGUACCUAGCACAGUGUCUGGAACUCUGCAGUCAAGGGUGCCACUUUAGAGUCGGAAAACCAAUGUGAACUUGGGCCCCACCCGGACUACCCUUGGGCAGUUAGCUCUCAGUCCCCGUUAACCCCAGGGUUAGGACCUCUGCUUCUUCAGUGGGGAGUGUUUUCAACCAAUCAAAUAAAAGAAUGAUGAAUAAGAAA